CCUAUCGGGCCCGAGCCGAGUGGCCCCGCGGAGCGGGCGCGCUCCCGCCUGCAGGGGGAGGGCGGACGGGGCGCGGGGACCGGCCAGGCCGCGGCGGGCGCUGUUUCUCUUUCACUUUCCUUCCCUCUGAGGCCGGCGCGCUGGAGGCAAGGAGCGGCGGCGGCGGCCGCGGGAAGAUAUGGGAAAGCAGAACCACCAAAAGAAGUGAUGACCAGCGAUCUCAUGAGAAGUCUGGAUGUUAGUUCUCAUGCCUCGGGACACCCAGUUGGGAACGCCACACCAGCUCCUGGGAUCCAACUUCCAUCCACUUAAUACCCUUUUUUGCCUGAACUACUAGAGCCAGUCCUAGCUAACCACGAAUGGCUACCCAAAGGAAACAUUUGGUGAAAGAUUUCAAUCCUUACAUCACCUGCUAUAUCUGUAAAGGGUAUCUCAUCAAGCCAACUACAGUGACGGAAUGCCUUCAUACCUUCUGCAAGACUUGUAUUGUCCAGCACUUUGAAGAUAGCAAUGAUUGUCCAAGGUGUGGCAACCAGGUUCAUGAGACAAACCCAUUAGAAAUGUUGAGGUUGGAUAACACACUAGAGGAAAUUAUAUUUAAGUUGGUUCCUGGACUACGAGAACAAGAACUUGAGCGUGAGUCUGAAUUUUGGAAGAAAAAUAAGCCUCAAGAAAAUGGACAAGAUGAUAUGUCAAAAGCUGACAAACCUAAAGCAGAUGAAGAAGGUGAUGAAAACCAAGAUGAUAAAGACUAUCACAGAAGUGACCCACAAAUUGCUAUAUGUCUAGAUUGUUUACGAAAUAAUGGACAAUCAGGGGACAACGUAGUAAAGGGUUUAAUGAAGAAAUUCAUUCGGUGUUCUACACGUGUAACUGUGGGAACUAUUAAAAAAUUUCUAAGUUUAAAACUAAAACUUCCAAGUUCUUAUGAGUUGGAUGUGCUGUGCAAUGGUGAAAUUAUGGGGAAGGAUCAUACUAUGGAGUUCAUCUACAUGACCAGAUGGCGACUAAGAGGCGAAAACUUUCGGUGUCUGAACUGCUCAGCUUCGCAAGUCUGCCCUCAGGAUGGCCCUUUGUAUCAGUCAUACCCCAUGGUGUUGCAGUAUCGACCAAGAAUUGAUUUCGGUUAGACAAGGGGCCCAGACCCCACUGAUGAACCCCGCACUAUGUGUUACUCAUCGACAGACUGCACAGUGAAAGGUGUGUGGACUAGAGGGACACAGCCAGAUUGUCAGCAUGCGAAUAAGGCCACUGUCUGUCUCUAACUUGUCAGUUGCAUUUAUGUUGUUUCUAUUAAGAGCAAACCAAGUGCCAUUCUGCUACUGAACCAUCUGCAUAAGGUAUCUGUGCCGUCUCCCAGUGUACAAUACAAGUCAUGGUUGGAAUCAGUAGGUGUGCGGCCGUGACCUAGCCUUCUGAAUAUUUUGCUUGCCUGUUCCAAGAUUGUUCUAAUGUUUGAUUACACUAGUAAUAUGGCUCAAUCUUUGUGGUGUUGCAGUUUUCACAUACUUACUAUUUGAUUCAUUCUUGUUUAGAGUACUGUACAAGGAACUAAUAAUUAUUAUCUCUUGAAAUUAUUUUGUAUGGGGAAAUAUAUUUAGAGAAAUGGCCUUUGAGCCACUGUCCUGUUUGCGGUAAGCUUUUUGUGUGCAAAAUAGUUCACUCUUGAGUGUGCAAGUCCUUUUGGGAAGAAUUCCAAUUGUUCUGUACAUUAGAGCACAUUAUGACUGUAGGCAUUUGGGGUCAUCUGUCUGUGUAGCCUACCAGUCACACAAGGAGGGCCUGUUUGCCUUCCAGAAAAUGUACGUGACUCCUUGGAGAGUGAAGUGAGAUUCAUAAUCAUUUGAAAUGUUGGCAGCUGAUCACAUUCACUUCUAACAAAACCCAUGUUUCAGUGAGGUUACUCUUUCAUAAUGCCUUAUGAUGAGUGGGUGCUGCUUCAUGAGACGUCAUUGCCGCUGUGUAGCCCACGUUACUGCGUGCAUCAUGAUAUUGUGGUUCUUAAUCUAACAAGUACAUCGUUUCCCUUUUUCAGUUGGCCUUAGGUGUGUGUCAGUGUGGCAUGCAGAAAGUUAUGAUGAUUUUAAAUACUAGGGUUUUUAGAGCAGAUAACAUUAGCUAUCUUAUGGAUUUCAAAAAUCUCAAAGCAAUUGUAGGUUAAAACUGUUAAUAACCUGUCACAUUUCCAAACCAUAUGCAUAAACUAGAACAAAUACUGUGUCAUAGAUAAAUAUGCUAACCAGAAUUAAUGGUUUGACGAUAUUUCACUUUAGAUCCUGUAGUAAUUAGGGGGGACUGGGAUUAUUGUUUUAUAAAUAAGUUCUUUAAGGUCAGAGCUAUAUAAUGUCCUUGGUUUUGCAGUUUUGUUAAGUCUUCCAUUCCUUUUGAGAUGAGUCUGCAAGUCAACAAAAGUCUUGUUACCUUAAAUUAUAUGAAGAACUUCAUUUUAAACCUCUUAAAAUCUACAUUGUUUCUCAUAAACUUUGGAAAUUAAGUUUGACUAAUUGCUUUGAAACAAGGUUAACCUCUGAAACUUAGGAAAUAAUCUUAACAGUUAGGAAAAAUACUUGUUUUAGAAAUCUGACAUGAGCACAAUCUGUGUGUUACACACAUAGCUUUUAUACUGCAUUUUCCAGUAAAAUGUAUCAGAAGCUAAUGCCUUCUAAAUCUCAGAAUGCUUCUUAGAAAUAAAAGUGUAUGACUCUAAGAAACACAAAAUACAGCUAAAUCUUCAUUCAUUUCACAAUAUAAAAGGCUGAAACAUCAUAAUUAUCUUUUCCGUAUAUCUUUGUUUCAAGUCAGAAAGUCUAAAGUUUUCUGUUGUUUUUGGCCUGACUUGUGUGGAAAAGGUCAUGGCAAUAUUUUUUUUAAUUUCAUUUUGUUAAAUUGUGUUUGUGCUUGGAAGGGCUCACAAACAGAAUUUAAAAGGCAGAUUUUUUGUUAACUCUUAAAAAAUGGUUGGAACAGACCAUUACACUAAACCAAAAACUGAAUUUACUCUCCAGCUACAGAAAUUAUUUUGCUGUGCUGUGAAAUCCAGUUCCCUGACAUCUCUAAGGCAUUUGUAGAUUUCUUACAAAUUAGUCACAUCUAGGUCAGUGAUGACUUAUGGAAGUUAAUUUUUAAUUAACUCAAAAUGAAUUGAGAGUGCAUUUUAAAAACCACAAAUGAGACCUGGAUGUUUUUGGGUCCCCAGCCAAAACUUACAGCCUUAAAUGAGUUUUAUAUACAUGAUCUCUUUCAAUUUGGCCGGUUGCCUCAUCUUAUGUAAUGUCUCUAUUUUCCAAGGAAAUAUAUAGGAAGUAAUUAUGGAAUUGAGAAUAGUUUUAUAUAGAAUUCCUUUAUUUAAUGUGACUGUAUUAACGUUUUUAUUGAAAUGCAGUGGAAUAUGUGCCAAAACAUGUGAAACCCUCGCAUAAAGAAGCGCAUCUGUUAUAUGGGGAAAGGUACACACUUUAUGAUGGUCCUGAAUAAUGUGGUGUUACUGUUUGAGCCACAGACUUCUUCAUAUAUUCAACUAUGGUUUUUAAGUAUGGGACUACUUUCAUGUCUAGUAAUACACUAAUCCCUAGUUAAUUAUCCCGAGUCAGGUUGUGAAAUUUGUAAGAAACCAGAUAUAGAAAAAAUACACAGGCAAAAAUACAUAGGUGGUCAGUUUUACAAACUUGGGGUGCUAAUAAAAUUUAUUCUUUAUACAAAUAGCCUAUAUGAAUAAUCAUCUGAAUCUUCAAAAUUGGAGAAUAAAACUAAGUUUUUCUUUAGUCUCUUAUUUCUUAAGCAACAAACUGAAAGAACUUUACUUCCACAAAAGAUUUUGUAAUCGGUUAUCUCUGCUUUAGAUAUCAUAGGUGUCCAAGGGUCAAGGGACCUUGGAUCUAAAGAAGUCCUGUGCGUUAUAAGACAUCAGUUUAACUGAAGUAAUCACAUUAGUUAAUAGAAAAAUCCAAAUAUGGCCCUUACUCCAGGUUAACAAAAUGCUUAUAAGUAUUUCUUAAAAAAAAAAAAAAAAAGGUUCACUGAUGAGGUGAUAUUAGGUCAUUCAGUCUGGGGUCCAGGCACCUUGGGUGAUGCUUUUAGAAAAAUACAUUAUUUCUCUAUUCAUUAAAAGUCUGUCCCAUAUUAGUAUGCUACAUUUUAUAAAUGUAAUGAGUUUGCUCGACUAUAUGUAACCUAAAUUAAAAUGAUUCUUUAAGGGGGAAAAAAGUAUGUUAUAUAAUAUUGUGAACUGUUUAGCUUUAUUGAACUAUUUAAGAGAAAGUGCCUCAUUGCUAAAGUGCAUUUCUGUUUUAGAUUUACCGCUUAAGUUUUGAGUUUUCUGUCCCUGUCUCUUAUCAAUGGUUUUAUAUCUAAAUAGGCUCUUGUAAGUUAGAGUAAUCUCUUUUUGAAAGAUUUUCAUAAGAAAAUAGAUAUCACCAAAGACAUUUUAGUGUUAAUAACCAUGUUAGAGAGACAGUUUUAACUGUUUGGAGGUUGGAAAUUUUUAGACUGCAAUUUACUUUUAUAUAAUUAGGCAAUAACCUUGAGUAGUUGCUAAAAUAUCACCAAAGAAAGACUUUAAACUUAAUUUUCAUGGUAAGAUCAAUCAAAUGCAGGUUUUUCUUGCAAUAAUCAGAACAUACUUCGUUUCAGCCAUGUUUCUUGUUUUUCUAGCACCAUCUGACAGAUCUUAGGAAAUUCUCAAAGGUGAAAAUUAGAUUAACACAACCAGUAGCCUCUCUCUGGAUGAAAAAUGGGAGAAAUACAUAGUUUGGAGAGAAAAUUGAAAUUGAGAUUUUAAAUUCUAAUUUGAGAAGAUUUUUAUCCCAUGGAGGCGAUAUGGACUAAAAUUAUGCUUAUUUAGUUCCUGGGUUCUUAGUAGUAUGAGAAAUUUUAUUAAAGACAGACUUUGCUAAAAGUGCUGACAUGCUUACUUGUGUAGAAAACAGUACAUUCUCUUUUUCUGUAUCCAAAAAAAAAAAGUUUCCCAAAGGCCUGUGGGGUGUUUUCUUUUCUUUUUUUUUUUUUUAAGUAACUCUUUGUCUUGUUUCUCAGUAGUUAUUUUGUUUUUAGAAUUUAACCAUACAGCCAAAUUCGGGCCCCAGCUGAAGAGCAUGUACGUCAGGUUAAGCCCUGACCUCACACUGAUGUUCUGGGGAGCCCGUGCUGUGGGCCCACACUAAUGACGUCUUCCUGACAGGCCACUAGGUAAACCUCCUGGGCCAGGGUAAAGAUGGAUGUACUCAUUACAUACUCUGGUGUACCAUAGGACUUUUCCAGCAGCCUCUACUUUAUACCAGUGAGAUGUAGAUACUGUUGUGGGCAUUACAAAAAAAGAGUUUGCCAUAGCUUUAAUUUUAUGGGUUGGAAACAUAAAAAUAUGAAAUGCUGUCAUUUUAAGAUACACCCCUUUCCCUACAAUAAGGAAUAUAACCUGUCUGACAGAUCUGGUUUAUAAAAAUUGAAAAACAUGCUAAAACUCAAACCCUCUGAAAGCACAAAAUAACCAAGUAAUUCUGGAUUUACUUGAUACACUUAGUUCAUUAGUAUUUCGUUGAAAAAAGUUCAGAUUGAAAGUUCUUUAAAAAUACUUAAAUAUUACAUCACAGCGUUUUCAUAGUUUUUUCUUAAAGCAGUAGCAUUUCCCCAAUAACUUAAAAGUGAUUCUCUUCCUACUGUAAUAUAGUUUUCACAAGUAGUGUGUUUAUUUGCUAUCCUGACUAUAUUUUCAAAUACAAUUAAAAUGCUUGAGCACUUCCUUUUUAGAAAGUUAUGAAAGUAAAAAUAAUUUAAAAUAUGUCUGUAUACUUGCUAUGCCCCUUUUUCUAGGAUUCAGAACUUGAGACAUUAUUCAGAAAUGUGUUUUAAUUUUAAUUGUCUUUAGAAUCAAGUGAAACAUUAAAUACUGGGUCCAGUUUUCUUCCAUUUUUCAGAGCUUCAUGGAAUAAGAAACGAAUCUAGUGUAAACUGAAGAUUAAGUGUUUCUGGGCAGUGCAGAGAUGGUGGAUAGAUUAUGUGUAUGUGGACUCCACAUCAGUCCAGCACAGCAGGCGUUCUGCACAUUAGAAAUGGAAUGGGAUCAGCCUAACAUUGAUCGGGGGCAGUUUUCUUUUGCUAUAUUUUUUUGAAUGGGGAUAGGGGCCCAAGUGUCCUUAUGAAGCUGUGGUCGGCGACAAGAGCUUGUGGGGGGAGCACCAGUGUUCUUCGCUUCCUGCUUCUGGCAGCACAGCAGCAAGCACCAGUUCUUAACAGAGUAGCCCUCACAUUAAAUUAAACCAUCAUAGACUAUAUUGUACAGUUCUGUUGCUAAUUUUCCUUUGAAAUAUGAGAUAUUUUAAGCUUUCUUUUUGUCAAAAGUGGUAACAUCUUAAUACAAAUAAAAACCUUUUUGUGGUUGUAAGAUUUAGCUUAUGAAUCAUUCAAAUUGAAGUGAAAGAUUACCAGGUCAUUGUUAAUGACUUAGUCUAUUAAGAAUAUAUGUAUUUUUGUAAAGGGAAAGCACUUGUAGAUAUUUAAUCAGUACUAUAUGUCUGUUUUGCAGAAAUAAAAUGCUGCUUAGAGAUUCUCUUUAAAUAUUUUUUAUUUUUGUGCUCAAAUGUAUUUUCUGUUGAUCUAUGGAAUGUUCUGUACAAAGCUGUAUGGUUGUACUGUUGGGCUAGAUACUUUUGUUUUUUAAAAUCUGGACUUAGCCAAGUAUAUUUGACCAUGUUAAAAAUAGUAUCUUUGUUAUUAAAAACUUGAUUGCAUAA